CCAGGAAGUAGUACAUGGGGGUGUGGAGGUGGGAAUCCACCUGGAUCACCAGCAGGAUGAGGAGGUUCCCCACCACCAGUGGAUUGGAUGUUCCUCAAAUUAUAUAGUCACAGGGAAAAGAAAUAAAAAGGUAUGAAGAACUGAAGAAAACUGUGGCUGGAGAACUAGACAUCUCUGACAGAAAAGGAGCAUUUCUUCACUAAUUUCUAAGAUGCUUCUGCCUUAUGGCAACAAGAAACAAGGCAUUGCCAUCUUUGAGCCUCUGAGAGAAAUGUCACGAGGAUUGGAAAAAGAAGAGAUACUCACCUAGAGGCUUCAGGAGGGAGGUUUCCCAGAAGAGAAUGGGUGUGAGAAACUGUUCCACAGUGCCCGAGUUUUUUCUUUCAGGAUUAACUGACCAACCAGCCCUUCAGCUGCCCCUUUUCUGCCUCUUCUUAGGGAUGUACAUGGUCACUGUGGUGGGAAACCUUGGCAUGACCUCAAUUAUUGGGUUGACUGAUCAACUCCACACCCCCAUGUACUUUUUCCUCAGUUGUUUGUCUUUUAUAGAUGUCUGCUAUUCUUCAGUCAUUAUCCCCAAAAUGCUGGCAGGGUUUCUAUGCAAAGGUAAAAGGAUCUCCUAUUCUGGAUGCAUGACUCAGCUGUUUCUCUUCUGUAUUUUUGUCAUUUCCGAAUGCUACAUGCUGGCAGCAAUGGCCUAUGAUCGCUACGUUGCCAUCUGUAGCCCACUGCUCUACAACGUCAUCAUGUCCCCUCGGGUCUGCUCUCUGCUGGCGGCUGCAGUCUUCUCAGUAGGUUUCACCGAUGCCAUGAUUCAUGGGAGUUGUAUCUUAAGGCUGUCUUUCUGUGGAACAAACAUCAUUAGACAUUAUUUCUGUGACCUCGUCCCCCUUAUUAAACUCUCCUGUUCCAGCACUUCCAUUGAUGAGCUUUUGAUUUUUGUCAUUGGUGGAUUUAACAUGGUGGCCACCAGCCUGACAAUCUUCAUUUCUUAUGCUUUUAUCCUUUCCAGCAUCCUCCGCAUCAACUCUAGGGAGGGCAGGUCCAAAGCGUUUAGCACCUGCAGCUCCCACCUGACGGCUGUGCUUGUAUUUUAUGGCUCUAUCAUGUUCAUGUAUCUCAAACCCACUUCCGGCAGUUGGGUCACCCAGGAGAAAGUGUCCUCAGUGUUUUACACCACCGUGAUUCCCAUGGUGAAUCCCCUGAUAUAUAGUCUGAGGAACAGGGAAGUGAAAAAUGCACUGAUGAAACUCUUAAGAAGAAAAAUAUCUUCAUAA